GGAGAAGCUUUGAGUGAACCUCUGUCUAAUUCUGACCAAAUAAUAAAUGAUAUCAAGGAAAAGGGUUAAAGGAAUAAAAAUUUGUUUGAAGUUGAAGUUUGAAGCUGCAGCCUAUCCGCCAAUACUAUUUUAUGAACUCUGUUACGUAUUUCAUCAUGACGGCAAUCAGAAAUUGUCUCGUUAUUGUCGCCAGUUGAACACUUCUCAAAUGAUCAUUGACUAAAAGUUAUUGUGUGUAUGUGUUGUAAUUAUCUUUAUGCCAUUUAUACCAAACUUUGUGAGCAUAUUUUUUUCCUUCAAGUAACUAACAUCACUAGUUCUACCAAUUCCAGUGAGUGGUUUGAUCAUGAUAAUUUAUGUCUGUUACUGUAUUGUAAUGAUGAUGUGGUAUUCCCAAAAGAUGCACAUAUGAAAUAUAAAUUACCUGCAAGCUGUACUGCUAACAGCUUUCUAUUCAACUUCAUCAUAGAUGUGUUAAUGGACUUAACCCUAGGUGACUUCAGCGACUCAGGGAUUGACUUGCUACCGGGGAAUAAUCUCGUUGACUUGGAAUAUGCAGACGAUAUAGUCCUUCUAGGCGAAGACGCUGACAGAAAGCAGAGUCUUCUGAACACACUGAGCCGCAAUCUACGAAUGUUUGGCAUGCGAUUCGCUCCCGUUAAAUGCAAGAUGAUGUUACAGGACUGGACUACAUCGACGCCUAGUUUAAAAAUAGGAAAUGAAGUGGUAGAGCACGUUGACCGCUUCACUUAUUUGGGAAGUA